AUGAAGUCAUCAUCAACUUUAUCAAGCUUGGGAAGAUUAUACCAACAUGCUAACCAUUCUAGUGCUUCAGUCGUAUCAAGGUUAUCAAAAUCAAGUACUCGACCGUCUUUACAGACUUGUAACGAUAAUAAUAAAAUAUUAGAUAUUGGAAAACCAACACAGUUUGAACAUGGUAUUCAUGUAGAAUAUAACAAAGACAAUGGCAAAUAUAUGGGAUUACCUGAUGUAUGGCAAUCAAACUUACCAAGUGAUGAUGUUCUAGAUACGAACUAUAUUAAUCCAAACCUUGUCCCAUCUCCUGUGAAUGGUAAAAAAAAAAAAAAAAAUUUUUUUUAUAUAUCAACCUUGUACGAUAAAAAACCAUCAUUGAUAGGAAAACCUUACAAUAUUCAACAUCAUAUACACGUAGAAGUAGAUCAAAAUGGAUUCAAAGGAUUACCAUUGGAAUGGCAAAAGAUAUUAAAGGCAUCUGGUAUCAGUGAAGAUAUCGUAAAUGCAAAUCCAAAAGCAGUACAACGUUUAAUGCAUGUACGAAUGCCUGAUUCACUACAACAACAACGACAACAACAAGAUACCAAGUCGGAUCAUACCAAUAACAAUGAUAAAAUAUCAGAAUUACCUAUUGGAUUUGCUCCUCCUUCAAGAGCUCGUCAUUCAAAAUUAGCUCCAUUACGUCGUCCAUCUUCUUCUUUCAUUGAUUCUACUUCUUCUGUUUCUUUGGCUUCCUCUCAUACAUCUACUUCUGAUAUCGAAUCACCAAUAGAUGAUAUUAUUGAUCAUGCUGAUCCAACUCAACUCUAUACGGACUUUACGUUGAUUGCUGAAGGUGAAUCAGGUCCUAUGUAUGCUGCCAAACAAAUCAGUACAAAUCGCAUAGUAGCCAUCAAAAAGAUAUCAAAAGAUGCGGAACAAAAGUUGGGCAAAGUACGAAACGAAUUGACUACCAUGAAAAUGAGUCGACAUCCAAAUAUUGUUGAAUUUAUUGCCUGUUAUAUAACAGAUACGGAAGUAUGGGUAGUAAUGGAAUAUAUGGAUGUUGCAUUAUCAGAUAUCAUCUCAAUUGAAACAACCAACAAUAAUGAUGAUAAUGAUGAUGAUAUGGAACAAAAGGAUUAUCGUGAAAGAAUGACUGAAGAUCAAAUGGGACGUGUGGCUCGUGAUAUAUUACGUGCUCUUGGAAAAUUGGAUCGACUUGGAAGAAUUCAUCGAGAUAUUCGUAGUGAUAAUGUUUUGAUCAAUAUGCGUGGAGAAAUCAAAUUGACUGAUUUUAGUCAUUGUGCUCAAUUAACCAAGAAUCAACCGAAACGAAAUUCUAUUAUUGGAACUCCUUAUUGGAUGGCACCUGAAGUGAUCAAAGGUCAAGAAUAUAAUGCAAAAGCUGAUAUUUGGUCUUUGGGUGUAUUAAUGAUUGAAAUGUCUCAAGGUGAUCCUCCUUAUGUAGAAUAUCCUCCUCUUAGAGCAUUAUUUUUAAUUGCAUCCAAUGGUAUUCCUCCAUUCUCAGAACCUGAUCGUUGGUCUGAACAAUUCAAGGAUUUUGUACAAAAAUGUACUACUGUUGAUCCAACUAAACGCCCAGAUGCUGCUACUCUUUUAAGGCAUCCAUUUGUAUUGUCUGUAGCCACAAAGGAAGAUAUUGUCAAAUUGAUUGAAGAAACUAGACAACUUGAAGAAAUGAUGGACUCAGAAGAAGAGGAUGAUUCAUAAUCAACAAAAACCUCGCAUACAACAUAUAUUAUUCCCUUUUUACCUCAUGUUUUUAUAUUGUACUUUUUUUUUUUCUUUUUCAUCCUUCCUUUUUAUUACAUUAAAGUUUAGUAUUACAGCAUUUUUUUUUACUAACAUACCUCUCAUCAUCAUGAAUAAAAGAUUUAAAGCAAAUCAAUUGU